AUGGUGGUAGCGAAUGAGUUCGAGGACGGUUUCGAUCUGGAUAAAAUUGAUGCUGAGAUCAAGAUUGAGAAGAUACGACAGACAGCUUCAAAGUUGUCCUGGGAUGGCUUUCAACAGGCUCUUCGACGGAACUUAAUGGAAAAGCGAUUCGUUUUUGACACUGAAGGACGAAUCGAUUUGCUUCAUGCUAUUUCUACAAUCAGACGGAACUUGCCGGUCGACAAAAACGCUGAGCUUCCGGUUCAACUGAGACAACUCUCCGAUAGUUUGGAGUGCGUUCUCAGUUCACAGCAGGGUGUUUCCACUAUGAAAAAUGCCGAUGUUGUCCUGGAGUUUGCUUACGACAAUGAUCAGGCAACUAGCGAUGACGCAUUUGAAUAUGUGAAGAAAGGGGAUUUUGGUAGUUUGCGGGCCAAGAUCUUUGCCGUGAUUGCAACAAUACCAAGUGGACUCUCGGCAGCAGAAAAAAGCUUGUGUGUGGCUGCGCUUGACAUCUUCGAAGCGUACUUAUCAGCAUCAAAUGAUGUUAAGCCUUCGUUUGAAAAUAUUGGAACGUUUCCACUAGGCUUUCUUCUCCAACGCACAGCAUUACGACCAGCAAGGAUCUUCUACACAGUUGAACCAAGUUAUGUGGUCAUCAAAAAGGCACAGUUAGAACCUUCAGACUUCGACAACCUUGAUUACAUGGAGCUUUCGGUGGCUACUGUUGACAGAGAGGUUGAACUUCCCGCUGGAGAUGUGAGCUAUGGAAUGUGGCGUCGAUUGGAAAGGCAUUUAGCGAGACCGGCUGCUGUAAAAGAAAACGUUAACCUUUAUCGAUAUAUGAGUGGUUUCAAGUUUCAGGAGUCCGAACUAGUGAUGCGCACGAGCUUUCCGGAACCCUAUCUGCAGCAUAGGUAUAUUGUCAGUAACAGCUCGCUUCUGGAAGAACGGGAUUGCGUCAUAUCAGAGAUCUGCAUAGGAAAUGGCUCUUAUCUCACAGAAAUAGUUUCCAUUGUCCGUGCGCAGGCAAUGCAUAACAGUUUAUGGGAGUCCUUGCUAGCAAUGUGCAGUGGCAAAUGUAAGAGUGAGCAACCUUAUUUGGAUGUUCGCAUUGUGCCAUCGCCAGCUCGUUACGAGCUAUCAUUCUGUGCUGCUAACAAAGUGUACCUAGUUAGAAUUGAAUUAACACGGGAGUUUGAGUGGAUUGGAACAGUAGAAGAUGCGAAUGGCGCUAUUGUGAGUGCAGAUCUCAACUCUUUGUUAACUCAGAGGAUUAAUAGAACACGCUCCAUUCCUGUUGCAUUGGUACGUGUACUGAAGGAGCUUGGUUGUGAAACCGUCCACGGUCGACCUGUUUGUGAAGAUCAAAUGUCGAUGGAAGUGGAUUAUGAGCACGGUCUUGUAUCGAGCAUGGAUAAAGUUGGCAAUGCGUGGUUGCCAAUGUUCAACAGAAGUAAACAACCAAAGAAAUCGUGUCAACCAAACUUACCUGAAUUCACAUUUGAAGUGCACACAGUACCUUUAACAACACCUGGUGGCCUGCUUGCGUCAUACAAGGAAAUUGCCUCAGAGCGUGGAGCUCAUCCACUGACGGCUGCUCGAGCGGAAGCGCGCACCCAUCUGGUGCAAUCUGAUACAGCGCUAGCUAUAUCGGACCUGGAGGCGAUUUGUCAGCUAGCCGAUGGCAUGGAUGAUGAUAGCAAAACGUCGACGCCAUCGCUACCUGCGCGACACUCGACCAGUCCAGCGUCGUCGCGCCCCCCUGGCUGUGUUGGUAGCAGUGGUCCUGGUUCCGGUGUUCCGCAAUUAAGUCCACUGGAGACUGCUAGGUUAAAGAUGACAUCUUAUCGGGAAAUGAAAGUUGACAAGAUCAACGGACCACCGGAUAAAGCGAUGGGAUCAGAGGAAAAACGAACUGGAAUUUUCCAAAAUUUAUCUCUCAGAGAAAAUUGUUUUGUACAUGUAUUCCAAGCGUGGUUCUUUGAACUGGAGUGCUCAUCUACUUGGAGAGUAUUCUUUGUAACGCCAUGUGCGUUGUCGUUUGCGUGGAAAUUCACCCACUGGAAUCACGUAUUGCAAGAGUCUCAGCAUGUAGUCUUCACACUUCGCUGCUUGACUCGAUCCUUCAAACUCAAUGAGAUUGAUGAUGAUACCUCGAUUUCGACGAAUAUGGACUUCGAUGUUAGCUAUACAAGAAGAGCGUGCAUAUCCGACUACACUGAAGAGGUGAAGAGCUGCGCUAGAGCAUUCUUGGUCUAUUCGCUACAAGCAAUUGCCAUUUCCCGUGGAGUGGAGCGGACUUCUUUUUCACCUCAUCUUCUGGGAUUCCUCCGAGAUGGCCGCGAUAUUUGUGACGAUACCGUGUCCUACGCGAUUAAUCGAACUCUCGAGAGCGAUCAUAGUGUGGGGGCUGCAGCGGCAGUGGGACUGGCAUCGGCUACUCCGGACGUAUUCGAAUUCGCCGAUGACCGAUCUGUUGGCAGCGGAUCGGCCUAUCCGUCACCUUCGCCACAAUUUACUCCAUUUGCCUGCGGCACUGCUGGAAGUCCCUUGGCAGGACAAUCGAUCAGGGGCGCUACAACGAAACGACGUCCGCGUGCUCGUAAAACAGCUAACAUUGGUGGUCGGAUUGGCGACUUUCCAUCAUCAAUCAUGAAAGGUCCCACAAUGACUGGGGUUUCGACACGGAAACCUCGUGGAAAAACUGGAGUACGGCGUCCACGUGGUUCUCGGAAAGCUGCCUUAACGAUAACACAUGCGGAAUUGGAAAUACAUUCGCGAGUGCCUCCUCCAUUACAAAGAUCUUACAGCGAUUAUGAACAGUUGUCGAAUCAGGGACUUGUUGGAGCAUCAACUUCACCUUACUUAGACACUGAAUCUGACGAUGAAUGCGAUCCUCCACCUCCACCAAAAUCGCUGGGAAUAUUCCAAUCGCCGGCGACAAGUCAUACGUUGACAUCUUCUUCAGCUGCGAACAGUCCUUCCCAUUCAAUGAGUCCGCUUUACGCCACCUCCGGUACUCCUGUGUCGACCUCCCACCCGCCUCAAUCUCCGCUGGCGACAGCUUCGCCAUCGGUUAAUCGGCCAAGUACAGUUCCGUCGCCACGAUCGAACCAAUCCAAAAAACCAAACGUUGAUGCUGUAGUUGGAAGAGUGAAAACAACGGUACCGCAGCAAACUACUUCGGCAGCAAAAAGGAGUGUCUUCAACGAUCUCUACGACGAUGGGACUGAAUCUUCACCACCUCCUGAAGAGCGCACGUCGCUAGCGUCGACUAUAUCAUCUACGGCUAAUACGUCAGUUAGCGCAACACCAUUGCAGUCUACUACGAUCACUACUCAAGCAAGCACAUCUUCUCCACGAGUCUCCGAAUCGGUGAGAGAACAGGCUGCGUCUGGUGACCUCCUACAAAGCAAUACGCCAACAGUAAAUAUUGAAGGGGCUAAUAAAUUAAUUUUGAAGAUUCCAAAAGUAUCAUCACGAGCGUCACCAUCGGUGGAAACUCAGAAGACAAAGUCGAUUCCAAUGCAGACAAUGCCAAAAUUAGAAAGACAAGAUAAGAAACGAGAAAAGGAGAGAAAAGAAGGCCAUAAGGACAAAUCAAAGGACAAGUCCGAUGAAACUCGAAGGCAAAAAAGAAAGGCUGAAGGAAAAGAAAAAGAACGCGAGCAUAAAAAACACAAGACAUCAAAUAUUCCAACGCAAUGCGACGUCAGUACACCAAGUACAUCAUCUACUACCAGUUCUUCAGUUAAAACGGCACCUUUACCUUUUGGAUUUGUCGGAAGUCUGAAGAAUUUCAAAAUUCCGAAGCGAGAGGAUGUGAAGGAGAAUGGGAAAGAAAAAGAGGUAUUGCCCCCUGCUCCGACGCGACCUGUGCCACCUACACCUCCAACCCUUCCAAUGCCAACUCCCAAUCCACCUCUUCCUUUGAAAUCGGCGAUACCAAAGAAAAUUCCAGUUCCAAUCCCACAGCCACCAAUAAUUCCAAUGCCUCGUCAGCCCUUGCUCAGCACUCCACCGUCGGUACCACCAGCUGGACCACCACCGCUAGGUGGUGGACCUCCUCGUAAGCCACCAGGAAUUCUUGAUCAUAGAGACAGAAGGUGA